UAACUUUUAAUGGAAGCAAUAAAACCGGUUAAAAAUCUAGCGAAAUGUGUGAAAAGUGUGUGCCCAUCGGCAGAGGAACUUGGUGUAAUUACAAAUAAUGUUAAAUGUGAUAAAUGCGGACUCGUAUUUCAAAACGAGCCACGAUAUCGUUUACACGAUCUGAAAGUACAUCAGCGAAAAAAUUUAGACAAAGCAAUAAAAGAAAAUGUACAGUUUCACUGUCCUGUAAAGUCUUGCAUUUACGCACCAAAAGCUGAAAGACAUUUUAGUAGUAUGAAGUAUCUUAAACAGCAUUAUCUUAAAGUACACGCAGAAAAAACAUAUGCGUGUACCCAUUGCGAAAAAAGUUUCUCCACCGAAGCAGCAAAAGAAGGUCAUAUGCGAGUAUGCGGAAUCGAAUUUACUUGUUCUUGUUCCAAGACAUACAAUUCUUACGAAGCAUUGCUUACGCAUGCAAAACGAUCGUUGCAUACUGUUAACGACAAAUACAAAAGUUCUUUAAGACGCCCAAGUUCUAAAACAAUGCAUGUGAUUUUACCGUCUAGUCGAACAGGCAGAAAUAAAUUAAUUACUAUUUUACCAAUAAAUCAAAACGAAAGAAAAAUACUUAAUUGUACUGGUAAUUCUGUGGAAAAAAUUACUUCGGAUAUCGGUGUACAGACAGACGACUACAAAAAAAAUAAGAGAAUAUCGAGUCCGUUAAAAUAUACGAACAAUAGUCAUUGUCAUAAUGGAAAACGUGAAAUAUCUAAAGAAACACAAACAAAUGUUUCUCAAAGAAUCAAACAAAAUGUAAUAUCUAUGGAAACGCAGACUACGGAAGCUCUGCAAACUUUUAAAAAUUCGCUAAAGAUUCAAAAACAUAGCAAAAAUUGCGUCUCGCAAAAUUCUGAUUACUCUUUGUUGAAAGAAGAUCUGAAUCUUGGCAAUUUUACUUCUUCGAAUUUAUUUCCUAAUAGUCCGCUACCGCUUCGUCACGAUGUUGGUUUACAAGACUUUUGGGAGGAAAAAAGUACAUCGGGUACUCAAACGAUACCUGAAAAAGAUAUGUUCGAAGUUCUAAAUGACAAUGUAACUCAAACAGAAUUUGAAACGUUUUACGAUCACGCUACGAAUCCGUUGGUACAAUGCGUUCCAAAGAGCACCGUAGCUCUUAUGACUUUACCUUAUGUCGAAGAAACAUCGACAACUGUCGAAGGAUAUUCUUUUGUGCCGUCAAAUAGUAUAUCAAGAUCGGAUCCUAUGCUUACAGAUAAAACUUUUGAUGAUAAAUUUAGCAGUAUAGAGACUCAGACGGAACAAGCAUAUUCCCAAUCAUUUUUCGAUUCUGAUACAUUAACAAGAUCAUUCGCGUUAAGUUCUAACAUUGAAACGCAAACUACUAAUAAUCUCGAUAAUAUGGAACUAUUGUAUAGUAAUACAUGUACGCAAACUUGUAACGAAAUACUGCCAUCAGACUUGGGAUUAUCUAAUAUACAAACACAAACGGCAUGGACUCAACUGGAGGACACUACUGUCUCUACAGAAACGCAAACAAAAUCCUUGAUAUGCGAAACUGGAUGUAACAUCUCGAUAGGUGUAUGUCGUUCCUGGUUAAAUACUCAAACUAGUCAUACAGAAACGCAAACCGACUUACUCAGUAUUUUUGAAAGUCUUCGAUAACGAAGUGUUUCAUUUUGUGCCCUAUAAUACACAAAAUAUUUCAAGUAUAAAGUCGACGUAAUUUGCAUUUCAUGUUAUAUGUAAAGUUUACCAUUAAAUAUUUUCGUAUCUUGUAUGUAUUUUAUAAACUAAUCGUUUGAGUUGCUGCGGAUAUAAGAUGAUUUUAAACUUU